UAAGUUAUUCUCAUAAAGAGAGAAAAUCACUCAAAGCACACAUAUGGUACUCAACAGCAAAAUUCUAACCAGAAACCGUUUUCUGCAUCCGAAACUGUUUUCAUAAUGACAUUUUUAAAUAGUUCCGUAAUAUUUGAGAGCUCUGUCGCUACUAGCAUAAAAAAUUGUUCUUUUGAUGAGCAAUAAAUUGAUUAAAAAUUGAAUAAAACUACUCAGAACAAUGUUAAAAAUAAGAAUAAAUAGCUUCGACAGUCCUAACAGUCUUGAACAGUUGUAUGUGAAAUAUUCGUGGAUCAACAUGUUGUUCGGACUUAUAGGAUCAUUUUUGCUUAUGCUGCAAAUAAUUCUUGUGCCUUAUUCAAAUGGUGCAGGGUGUCAAUUUGAUACGGAAUGCGUGAAUCUGGAUAAGUGUCCCAGGACCAGAGCAGUUAUGAACUCAUCCAGGAAAAAUAUAAUAGGUCUUAGAAGAUGCGGCACUAAUAAAGUGUGCUGCCCCAAGUGGGAAACGUAUCUGCCACACGAUACUUGUGGACAAUCAAGAAGAAAACCUACGAAGGGCAAAAUACCGGCGCUGAAUGAGUUUCCCUGGAUGGCCAUGCUGUUAUAUGGAAAUAAAAACAAUUUGUCCCAGAAGCUGGUACCAAAAUGUGGUGGAUCCCUAAUAAACAACUGGUACGUCCUGACCGCAGCGCACUGCGUGGAGUAUCCAUUUAUGGACUAUCCGUAUGCCCUCAAAACAGUGAGACUGGGCGAACAUAACACGUCCACAAAUCCCGAUCGGGCUAUUGUGAAUGGAAGAAGACAGUACGCUCCUCUUUAUAUGGAAAUUGAAGUGGACCAAAUUAUUACGCAUGAACAAUUCAACCGGGGAAGGCGGCUGAUAAACGACAUAGCACUCGUGCGUCUUAAGUUUCCUGUGCGCUAUACGAGAGCCAUCCAACCUAUUUGCCUUCCAAGAGCCCAAAAAUUGGCCGCGCAUAAGCGAAAGUUUCAAGCAUCCGGCUGGCCAGACAUGGGACAAGGAAUUGCAAGUGAGGUACUCUUGCGCAGCUUCAUCGCGGAACGGCAUCCAGAUGUGUGCAAAUCAAAUUAUGACUUUAAUUUGGGCAGUCAGAUAUGUGCUGGUGGUCUGGAUGGGAAUGACACCAGUCCCGGCGAUUCCGGGGGACCCUUAAUGGAGACCGUGAUACGUGGAAAGGUCACACUCACUUAUGCAGCCGGCAUAAUCUCCUACGGACAGAAGCCCUGCGUACUUAAAACUUGCAAGCCAGCAUUUUACACAAAAACUUCAUACUUUUUUGAAUGGAUAAAAUCGAAAUUGCAAAGUCCAUUUAUCGACAGCGACAGCAAAUCUCGUACUAGAAAAUAAGCAAUUUAUUUAAUUCCUACAUUUUAUUGCCUCAAAAACUAGUUUAACUGCAUCCAGGAAAAGGUUCGGCGCGAUUUUUGCGCAGUACGAACUGAAUUUUUCGGUUCAUGUCCUCGUUGUAAAUGGCCUUGCAUUUCUCGAAGUUGAUGCGACGACGAACCUAUAC